UCUUGCGUAAAAAAAGAGAAAAAUAGGAAAUCCGAAUGUAGCGUUAUGAAGAACAGGAAAACUAGCUACAUGGAAGGUUCACAAAUUUAAAUAGCGCAAAGGGAAUACGAAAUGAUAAUCAACAUAAUUAAACCUACUUAAGUGUUUUCCAGUAUUUAGUCAUCUUAGGAAUACCGAAAACCAUGUAAUAGAAAAAAAACUACUUGAUAUCAUGAACCUCACCAUUUUUGUAAGCAUAAUGUAAAGAAGCUUGAUGCUCUAAACGCGUUAUCUUUUAUUUCGAUCAUUGAUAUUUGUGACCAAGGCAUUAAAGAACCAGAAAACUUAAAGUGAAUCAGUUUAAAAUAUGAACCGUGACCACAGCAGCGUUUUUUCGCCUUGAUUAACGUGACGCUUAUCAAACCAGUAAACACCUCCACCUCAAGAUGACUUCACCUUUCGAGGCUUCCUUUCCGAGCUCACCCAAGAGGAAGAACUCCGUGGAAUCAGUAUGGAGCAGGUUCUCCUCGCCUUACGACCCUCCGGACUCCGCUGAUCGCUACAGGACACUUUCCCCAGAGCCGCGAUUACUGUGGUAUAAAAGGAUAGCCAGGUCCUUCCCUCCCUCAUCCCCGAAAAUGACCCGCUCCACCAGCCUCCCCCGACGAGCUGUCCACUCCCCGAGACCCAAAAGAUUGAAUUUCCAGUUCCUCACACCUCCUCAUUGGACCAGCACAGCCAAACGCACCACUGAUGACCAAAAUAUUCCAGGCACUCCUAGAAAGAAUAGAGACGUGGAGGAGAUGAUGAGAAUAGAGCGUCGCAUUUCACGCUCAGCUGAGAUUCUAGACGAUGACUGUGAGUUCGAUGGUUCAAGUAAGGAAGGUAAAAGAGGGCUCUGGCAAAUGUGUAAGUCUUCUGAGGAGCUUGAGGCGCACGAGGCACAUUGCUUGGUUGGCUUUGAGCGGCUGAGACUCUGCAGUGCCUCUAGAUCAGAUGACUCGAUCAAUGUGAAAAUGUACCCAACAAGAGCCGCUAGGAUAUGCACUUGCUGUCAGGCAGAAGACAUUGAAGGAGAGAGCAAUAUGGAAAGCACUGACACUCUGCAUGACGACCAGUACUGUAGCAACGAUGAGGAGGAUGACGACACAGAAGUGGAGGAGGAGGAAAGAGAGGAGGACUUGGAUCACGGCAAAGAGGCAGCGGUGAUUGUGGUGGCAGGGAAUAGCGACCACCCUCCCGUCACAGUCAGGCCAGGAGUUUCCCUUGACAAGUUUCGCAGUUCUCGCUCGCAGCCUGGAAAGUUUGUUACUGCCUUACCCGAGUCCCGCGCCGCCCACAAGAGAAAUAGAUCCGCAAGCUCUGAUUUGGAGGACGUGGAGGAAACGUUCCCAGAGUGUGACGACUUUGGGGGAGAAGAUAGACCUAAACCUAAAUCCGGAGAUACAGCAGACAGUGGCCAGAAGAAGAAGGAACGUGGGCUGCGGUUUCUUGAUAUUCCACAAAUGCCUGAGCUCUGCCUAGCGAAGUACAACAUAGGAGAGAGAUUGAGAAGGCGGGGCAUGCAUAGAGCCACUUACCAGAGUACUCUUAUGGAAGCCUCGCCACCAGGACAGUCUAUAAAGGGCCACACGUGUUCACUAUCUUGCACUGGAGUAAAUGAGGUAGAAGACAGAGGAAUUACUACUGAUGACGAGGUGUUUGUAGAGUCGACCUUGCAUUACCCAAGAGAUCGCUGGGAUAACAUAAGCGCUGGACGGAGAUCGCUCAGGUUUAGGAGUGCACGGUCUAGAAGUGAGGAAAGAGGACCGUCACUGCAGCGUUCCCACUCUAUGAGGCAGCAAGGCUUCAGGCACAGCGCGGAGGCGAGGGUACCAGCCAGGUUUCAACGCCACGCGGUCGUGAGCGAGGACGAAUCGGGAAUCUGCCACGGCCUCAUCUUUAACGGCGGCACCAGUGUUCGCACCGGCGUCUUCCCGGCCUCCCUGGUGUUCCGCAGCGACCAGAACGGUAAGAUGCAAACUAUGGACGAGUACCAGACUAAGGCGUUACAGGGAGGUGCUUCGUGACGGUAUGUGCCAUGGAUGUGCAGCCAAAUGAAUAUUCGCUGCCACACUGCACACUUCACAAAGACCAUGAGGAGAUGACAGGUUCCUUCUAUUGAUUGGGUUUAUUUGCAGUGUACAAAAACCACAACUUGACAGCUUAAUAACAGUUCUUCCUUCAGUGAUCAGGGUCAGUAAGCAAUACGAGAGAAUGGGGUGAAAUGAUGAUAAUUUGUUGCCCGCUUAAAUGAAAAAUAAAAAAUUAGAUUAGAAAAUAGAUAAAUAUAAUACGGAAAUGAAUAAAAAAAAAGAACAUAGAAGAGGUUCCAAAAAGGUAAUAAGCCAACACACGACAGUCUCUCUUCAAAAAUAGGAGGGAAUAGAGUGAAAUAAUGAAUAUAAAUUGUUACCACUA